GUUGCACUUUUCUGUGUACAGAACUCAGGCAUGUGAAAUUGUGAUUCAACAGUGUGCAUUUGUGAAUAAUAUUUAAAGAAACAUAUUUUGCUUAUUGUAUCCACAACAAAGAUUUUUUUAUUAUAAUGUGCUAUGAUAAUAUAUUAAUGGCAGUGGCAAAAGUGAUUUAACGUGAAUGUCUUGGAUAAUACUUAAUGCAAAGUAAUAAACAUAACAACAUGGCUGGUGUAUUCGAUUUUGAAUUACACGAUGUUGACGAUAAAGUGAAGCCCCCAGAUUCGGAUGAAGACGAUGUUAUUGAAAUAGAUGAGGUGGAUUAUGAACCUGAGCGUCACAUGAACACCAUUGUCGACGGCGACGAUCAGUCGUAUUGCAGGCAACCAUAUCACCAUCACCAACAUGAUCACCAUCAACUUAAAAAGCAAUCCAAUUUCGCCCGCAGGGCUGAAGGCUCGGAGACCAUUCAGUUGUCAGAGGACAAUGUCAACCCAGGUAAGAAUCGACUCAGCCCGGCUGAUUUUGAACUCAGGAAGGUUCUUGGAAAGGGUGGAUACGGUAAAGUCUUCCAGGUUCGCAAAACUACAGGCGCUGAUAUGGACUCACAUUUUGCGAUGAAAGUAUUGCGCAAAGCUUCGAUAGUACGAAACCAAAAGGACACAGCACAUACUAGGGCUGAACGAAAUAUAUUAGAAGCAGUGAAGCAUCCAUUUAUAGUUGAAUUAGUUUAUGCUUUCCAAACUGGCGGGAAGUUGUAUCUUAUAUUAGAAUAUUUGAGUGGUGGUGAACUAUUUAUGCAUCUAGAAAGGGAAGGAAUAUUUUUAGAAGAUACUACAUGUUUUUAUUUAUCAGAAAUAAUAUUAGCGUUAGAACAUUUGCAUUCACUGGGGAUAAUCUAUAGAGAUUUGAAACCCGAGAAUGUACUAUUGGAUGCACAAGGCCACGUAAAAUUGACUGAUUUUGGUCUCUGCAAAGAACACAUUCAGGAAGGCAUCGUAACACAUACGUUUUGCGGAACCAUUGAGUACAUGGCCCCGGAAAUUUUGACAAGGAGUGGACAUGGGAAAGCUGUUGAUUGGUGGUCACUCGGUGCUUUAAUGUUUGAUAUGUUGACUGGCCAGCCUCCAUUCACCGGUGUUAACCGGAAACAAACUAUAGAAACUAUAUUAAAAGGGAAGCUAAGCCUUCCUGCUUAUCUUACAGUUGAUGCCAGAGAUUUAAUUAGAAGACUCAUGAAAAGACAAGUUUCACAAAGAUUAGGAUCUGGACCUGAAGAUGCAGAAGCAAUUAGAUCACAUGAUUUUUUUAAGCAUGUGAAUUGGGAGGAUGUGUUAGCUAGAAAAUUAGAACCUCCUAUAAAACCAAUAUUGAGUGGAGAAGAUGAUGUAUCUCAAUUUGACACCAGGUUCACAAAACAAACUCCAAUAGACUCACCUGAUGAAUCCACACUUAGUGAAAGUGCAAAUUUAAUAUUUCAAGGUUUUACAUAUGUCGCCCCAUCUGUCUUGGAAGAGAUGCAUCAACCUCGAAUAGUACAAGCUCGAACUUCUCCACGUCGUGGGCCAGCCCCUUAUCUUGGUCGAAGUCAAUUUUUGGCUAGACAACAUCAUCAGCAUCAACAUAAUCACCAUGGUCCUGCUCAACUUCAUCAUCAACUAGUGGCUGGAAGCGCUCAGGACGAACGCAUGGAUGAGGAACCUAUUGCACUGUGAAAUAGACGAGUCAUGGAGUCGACGACCUGAGUGUCCAAGGUAGAUAAGUUAGAUAAUUGACAUGGAUAGACAAUUCAAAAUUCAACACCACUAGUGAAUAAUUUAUAAGCGCAAAUAAGUCAUGAAUUAAUAUAAUUUAUAUAAAUAUAUAUUCGCAUACUAUGAAAUCUAUUACCAAUAGCUUUUGGAAAAACUGUAUUCAUCAACAGGAUUGAAUCACAGUGACAAUAAUAUUAGGAAUUGCGGCUUUUUUAUAUUGCAUUUUUUGUUUAUUCAGACUGUGAUUUAUUUUAAAUGGUUAAUGGCACAAGGGUUUCUUCAUUUUUAUUGACGUUGAAGUGGAUUUGUAGAAACGGUUUUGUAAGAAAAGCAUCAAGGUUUAGAAACAUGAUUUGUUUGAAACUACUUGAAUUUCUUUGGAUGAUAGUGAUGAUGGUUGACUAUUUAGAUUUAAUUAUGAAGAAUGGUUUGAUUUAUUGUUAUUUAUGUUAACAAAAAUAUCUAGUUAUACAA